AUGGCGCGGGGCCCCCCAGGCGGCGUUAUCGGGAUCCUCGGAGGCAUCGUGGCCAUCGGCCUCAUCAUCGGCGUGGCCGUCACCGUGGUCAUGGUCCACCGCCGCCAGCAGAAGACCCGCACGGAGACAGAUAAUGACCUGACCGACCUCCCGCCGGCCCACAAGCCCGCCCCGCCGCCGCCCAAGAAGAAGAACAACGACAUGAAGGGACACUUGACAUCCGAUGACAUCCAGGUGGUCCAUCUGGACAAAGACGAGGAGAUGCAGAAGCUUCCUCUCCAGCCGCCUUAUUACGACAUGGCGCCCUCCGAGUCGACCCCCUUCACCGAUAAGCCGGACUCCGGGAACCAUCCGGCAGAGCCGUUGAACCCGACCGAAUACAUGAGCCACCAGCGUGACAUGGACCUGCAGCCCGAGUGUCAGCCGGCCGCCCCCCCAACCCACCCGCCCAUCAGCUUCCUGCCGCAGCACGCCUACGCCCAGCCGCCCUCCAACGAGCCCAUGUACUCCAACACCGGUUUCUCGGCCACCGGCGCCCCACGAGCACAAUUCCCUAAGGAGCAAUCCGUGUGA